UCGAAACACUAAACCAACUGUCACAAUGUGAGAGUUGUGCUAUAUCUGAUAUGUAUGCUCAAAGUUUGUAUUGUAUUAAAUAUUCAAAUAAUUUUGAAUAGUCGAUUUACAUAUUUAAUCAACAUCACGUGGACUGGACUACAUAAUUUAAUUGCUGGUAAUUAAUCACACGCCUCUUGCGACGAAUAUAAAACACGCCCACUCAGAGUUUGAGAAACCAGUUGACACACGAAACCCUUCAAAUAACAAGCAUGGAACGGGAACAGCAACUUGAACGGGAAACGGAACUGGAACGACAACGGAGCUAUAAUGACUUCACCUACAUACCGAACAUGAUACUCAAGUCGCUGGGCAUCGACUUUCUGAACAGCCCGAAGCCACUGUGGCAGGAUGUCUUACUAAAGACUUAUUCAAUCAUUUGCUUUCUGAGCCAUUGGCAUAUUUUCUAUUAUUUAAUACUACGCACAAUUCAAUGGGAUGAACUUGCCGGAAAUCCUGUGCUCAUCAUGCGAUUCGCCAUCGUCUACUUCUUUACGGCCAACUCGGAUGUGAAAUUCAUCAUAUUUCUAUACUAUCGAAGGCGAUUGCGUAUACUCAACGAUAAGCUAGAAGAACUUUAUCCGCAUGGAGAUGAACACUGCAGAAAAUAUCGGGUUAACGAUUUCUUUUGGCCACGCAUUGCGCGUUAUGGAUUUUACUACUAUUAUUUUGUGGUCGUAUUUGUUGUACUCGGUCCUCUCACUCAAUCUAUUAUAAUGUAUCUUUAUCAAUACUUUACGGUCGAUAGCGAAGCCAAAUUCAUUUUGCUAAGUACAUUUCCCAUGAAACGUUUCGAGACAAUGUCGUUGUGGAAGAACAUCUUGACUCUAGUGGUCGACUUUGCCUUCAGUCAUUUUGUAAUGAACGUUAAUCUGGGCACCGAUGUCUGGAUGAUGUGUCAUUCGGCCCAAAUCUGUAUGCAUUUUGCCCAUCUGGGACGUCAACUCGCAGAAUAUAGGCCACAAAGACAGCGAGCGGAGGAGGAUUGCGAAUUUCUCGUCAAUUUUGUGCGCCGACAUCAGCGUUUGUUUGACUUGCAGAAAGAACUGAAUGAUAUAUUUGGCAUCUUGCUGGCCUACAACUUAUUCUCCACAGCCAGCACACUCUGCUGCGUUAUCUUCUACACAAUUCUUCAGGGUCUCAAUCGCGAAGGCAUCGGUUUCAUGUUGUUCUUCUUCAGCUCAUCCGCACAGUUCUUUAUGGUCAGCUACUACGGCCAACAAUUGAUUGAUUGGAGCCAAAACAUUGCGAUGGCUGCCUACACACACAAUUGGUAUGAUGCAUCCGUAAAGUAUCGCAGAUAUUUGCUUAUGAUAAUGCAACGUGCUCAGCGACCAGCCGAACUUUCCGCCAAGGGCGUCAUCAUUAUAUCAUUGGACACCUUCAAGAAGAUGAUUGGUAUAACAUAUCAAUUCUUUGCGGUCAUACGCAGAAUACUGGGCAAAUAAAUGAACAACUGAUGCAGCUCAAGAUGAUCUGGCAGCUUAACACAAACAAGUCAAUUAAACUGCACUCAGCCCAAGGUAAAAUGUGAAAAUGAUUCAGCAAAUUACACAAAAUAUUUACCUGUGGGAUAACUCACUCAUAUUUUUCUUGAUUUGUCUGCUUGCCAAAUUUAAUUGGUUAAAAGCAAAUGAGGAAACAGUAUUCGGUUGGUCAACACAAUAGAUUUGGGGCGUAAAUUAUUCAAAUGCCAUAUGAAUAUACUCGUACAUAUUUAUGUAUUCAUGUUCAUUUGGCAUGCAAAUACGCAGCGUUCUCUGAUUAGCCGCGGCAACAUCAAGUUUAAAAGCUUCAAAUAAAUUUGAGGCACAGCUUGGGACCGCCUUAAUAUACUCGUCUCAAAAUAUUUUGUACCCAUUACAAGAGAAGCAGCGAGGGUAGAUUUGUUCAUGUAACUAAUGAAAAAAUCA